UAAUAUACACGCGCCGAGGACCGCUGGCAGGGAUGACGAAGACUUCGCUCGCGGUGUGUAUAUUUAAUAGGUAUAUACCCAACUAUUUAUACCAGCUUAAUAGAAUCAUAUAGUAUCAUAAUAGUAGGUACUAUCGUAAUAUGCGGUACGCGUAUGUGUGUUUUGGGGGGAGGUAAUAAGUGGUGGUGUUCGGGCGCGAUGGAAUAGCAGAGCGAAGGGUUUGGCCGCCGGAAAGUCAAUCCUCCUCUGCACACCCUCAGCUCAAAGCCGCAUCAACCACCCCGCGGAGCGGAAACGUGGGGCGCGAAGGACGAGAGGCGACGUGCCGCCGUCACUCACCCAAUGGCGCAGGUCCGGCGGCGAAUUGGGGGGCGUGGCCCGCCGGCAGUCCUCCGCGUACACGCCCGUUCGGGCGAACUCCGAGACCCGCGGCAAAGCCGUCUUCCGCAGGACGACGUCGUCGUGUCGGCCAGUCGAUCGCGCGCAACACGUCCGGUUAACGACACGGAUCCCGCACGAGUCCUUAUUGUUUAUUAUUAUUAUCUACGCAGACAUAAUAAUAUCACAACGCGAUACCAUAAUAUUAUUAUAUCUACGCAGAAAUAAUAAUAAUAUCAUAACACGAUACCAUAAUAUUAUUAAAUCGUUGGUAUCUAUUAUCGCUCGCUGCUGUGCGUGUAACGAUGCCGAUAUAAGGCUGUCGUCGUAUACAAUAAUAAUACGUAAUCCGUUUGGAAUAAUACACCGCACGGACAAAGGAUUUCCUAGUUGGUCCGUAAUAAUUAUUGUACUGCAGCUCGGUCGCCAGACAUCGUUUUUCACUGCGGGCCUGCACCAAAAGGGGUACUAUGAUGAUGUUGCAGAACCCGCUGUUCCAGGAGUACAACACUGCUCUGUCGCAGUUGCUCGAACUGCACCAACAGCAACACCGGUACCAUCACCAACAACACCAGCACCAACAGCAUCAGCACCAGCACCAGCAGCACCACCAUCACCAACAUCACCCCAACAGACAACAGCUGCACCGUGCAUCCGUGAACGGGUCGUCCGCAGCAGCAGCAGCAGCAGCCGCCGCAGCAGCCGCAGCCGCGGGAGUUUUCCAGAGUUACGCGGGUGGCGUGAGGACAGCCAGCCGGGACAGCGCCGAGUCCGACGGGCUGAGCUCUUCGUCGCCCAGACCCUCCAAGCCGUUCACCAUCGACGCGAUACUCGGACUUCAAGCAGGCGCCGCUGUGGGCCAGUCGGCCGCCGCGCUACCGAUCGACCCGUCCACUAAUGGCCCGGUGGCCGCGCUCGACUUUUCCACCGGUUCGACAGCGGCUCACGGCAAAAAACUCCGCGAAGACAAAAUUGAAGGUUCCAGUAAAAAACACGGUUGUUCUGGUAAAUCAAAAAGAGUACGAACAAUAUUCACUCCGGAACAAUUGGAGAGGUUAGAGAUGGAAUUCGAACGUCAACAAUACAUGGUGGGUCCAGAAAGACUAUAUUUGGCUCACACAUUACAGUUAACGGAAGCACAAGUUAAAGUUUGGUUUCAAAAUCGUAGAAUAAAAUGGAGAAAACAACAUCUGGAAAUACAGCAACAGAGGUUGGCUAACAUACACCAACGGAGUACGCAGGGAAUGGUCCAAGAGGGCGAAGAAGACGAGGAUUCGGAAACGGAAACGAAUAAUUGUUCAUAUUACUCAUAAAAAUGUUAAGAAAAAAAAUUUUAGGUUAGUUUCCUAUAACUCUUAGUUUAAUAUUGAAAUGUGGAAAGUCUAUCGAUCGUGGUUUUAAGAAAUACAUGAAAAUCAUUAUAUAAUAUUAUACAAUCGCGUUUGUCGUGAAAACGUCCGUUUUACUAUAACAUCAGGUGAAAUAUUAUUUAAAAUGAAAAACUUUUUUAAUUGUUGUUUGUCUUUUCACAAAGCAUAAAAUAUAUUAUAAUAUUGUACAGAAUUGUGGAGAUUCAUCAAAAACACUUUUAAACGCAAACUGAUGCCAAAACUGAUGAUCAGACGGAAUUUUUAUGAUAUCGAAAACCUUUACAAAUUGUCGAAAAGCUAAAUAUACACUUAAUAUGAUGUGUUUAAUGCAUUGCACGAUCGUUAAUAAUUAGUAUAUUAGAAUAUAAUAAUAUAUAGGUUAGAUGUUCCAUUAUUAUUAUUUAUUAAAUAU